CCUUAAAAUUCCCCCGUAACUGCAGAUUUUACCCACGUAAACACGUACCACAAUCCCAAUCCAAUGGACGAAAUCCCCUCCGACUUCGACUACAGCCUCCUCCUCCAGUCCGACGCAGCGCCACCGUCUUCACAGCCCCUCCCCGAUUUCACCGACGACCUCGAAGCCCUCCGCACCGUCGCCCAGGAACGUGUUGCGGAACUCACGCGCAAGGGAGUAGUGAUACAGCACCGUUUGCACGACAAAACCCCCGUGUUCAGGAGCAGCAGUCUUCCGCCCGACUCGCCGACGCCGAAGGGAAGGGCCUUCGCUAGUUCGCCGCCACCGCCGGAAGAUAUGGAGGACAGUGCGGAGAUCACUCCGAGACCGAAACCGAAGCAGACGAAGAGGUUUGUGCCCAACUUCUCGGCGCCGCUGAAGGGGGGGCUGUUUGGUGGCGUUAAGAAGCCGGUGGUUGAGGAGGAGGAGGAGGAUAGGUCGCCGCUGGUGGACAUGAUUGCGCAGAUGCGCGGGGAGUCGCCGUUACCGCCGCCAAUACUGCACGAGGAAGACCAGCGGCUGGCGACGCUGAGCUUGAUUUCGCAGAUCGAGCAGGAGAGGGAGCAGGAGCAGGAACCGACACCAACACCAACACCACGCGCUGAACUACCCGAGGGCGAAAAAGUUACCAUCGUCACCUCCUCCGGCGAGACAUUCACGGUCCUGCGGCGGGAACGGGUGUUCGCCGAGACUGCACCUGCACCGACGGUCACUGCGACGAAGACUACCACUACCACUACAGGCGCUACCCCGAAGUACUACGGCAUAGACAUCCACAGUCUUCUCGACGACCUGGCGGCAUCAAAGGCGAUCGCCGCCGCCACCUUGCCCACCGCCGCCGCCACAAUCGAAGAACCCACUAUCCCCGCGGCUUCGCACAAGAAGCGCCUCCUCUGGACCGAAAAGUACCGCGCCAAGAAGUUUACGGACCUGGUGGGCGACGAGCGGACGCACCGCGACGUGCUGCGGUGGCUCAAGGGCUGGGACAAGCUCGUGUUCCCAUCGCAGCAGCGGCUGAAGCGGAAAGUCCCCGCCGCAUCCGGCGAGGCCGACGAGGAGCCGCUGGAGCACCGGAAAAUCCUCCUGCUGCAUGGGCCGCCGGGACUGGGGAAGACGACGCUCGCGCAUGUUGCCGCCCGUCAGGCGGGAUAUGAGCCCUUGGAAAUCAACGCGUCCGACGAUCGCACCGGCGGCGUGGUCAAGGGGAAGAUCAGGAAUAUGCUCACGAUCGAGGGCGUCAAGUCGUGUGGCCUGACUAGUGGGAAGAAAAAGCAGAUCGCCGGACGGCCGGUGUGUUUGGUCAUCGAUGAGAUCGAUGGUGUUACUGGAGGUGGUGGCGGCAGUGGCUCCGAGGCCGGCUUCAUCAAGGCCCUCAUCGAUUUGAUAGUAGCGGAUCGCGAGGCGACGGAGGAGCGGAAUUCCGGGACGAAGAAGAAGAGGCGUAGGAGGAAUGGUGAGGAGGAUGGGUUUCGGCUGUUGAGGCCGAUUAUCGCGGUGUGUAACGACCUGUACGCGCCCGCGUUGAAACCACUGCGGCAGUUCGUUGAGGUGGUGCAGAUGCGUGUGCCGCCUGUGGGAUUGCUGGUGGAGAGGCUGGAGUGGAUAUUUGAGAAGGAGGGGUAUGCGACGGAGGAUGGUGCGGUGAGGAAGAUCGUUGAGCUCUCGGGUUCCGUCUCGUCGAGGAAGGGCGAUAUGAGAGGUGCUCUGGUCAAUGGCCAGUGGAUUGCUGCGAGGCUGAAGUCUACGGGCGGCCGGAAGCGACAGGUGUUGACGCGGAGUGCGGUCGAGCUGGAGCUCAUGGGAUCGAGGAUAGGUGAUUCCGAUGGAAAGGGUGCCGGUGGUGGGAGAAUGGCUAUGCGUGAUGCGUUGGAGUCGGUCUUUCACAUACAGAAGGAGCCACCGCAGCGGAGAGGUGCGGUCAAAGCGGUCAAGAAGUCGUCGACGCAGAAGCUGCAGGAGCUCGUCGAGGGACUAGGGGAGUUCGAUAAGCUUACAACGGAGUGCUUUGCAACAUAUCCGACCAAAAACUUCAAUGACGACUCCUGUCUCACCAAACCUAACGCCGCCUACGAGUGGCUUUGGUUCGCCGACCUGCUCUCUAACCGAGUGAGCAGCGAGGUCUCGUCCGCAUCAUACCUAACCUACCCGAUCCUCGCAUUCCACCGCCUCUUCGCCUCUUCCACCAGCAGCAGUUCCUCGCGCCCCGACAACUUCGACCCAACCGAAGAAGUGGCACUCUUCACCGGCCCUAGCGCAGACUGGGAAGCCUACGAAGCCAAGAAAGAAAACACUUCCAUAAUUGCCUCCAUUCACAGCUCGAUAAAAUCCCCCCGCCUCUCCAUGUUGUUCAAUAGCCCUAGCAUAAUCGCCAUGGAGCUCUCGCCGCUCGCAAACCGCAUGAUGUCGCCGCACGUAAACCCCGUCAUGGUCAGCGGGUCGGGGUACGCGAUUGCCAGUGUCCGGCGGGACACGGAGAAGCGCAUGGUCGCGCGCGCCGUCGACGCUAUGGACGCCCUCGGCGUCAAGUUCGAAAAAGUCCGGGUGGAGGGAAUCGCCACGGGCUCGGGCUGGGCAUUCCGUAUGGACCCGCCGAUCGACGCCCUCGGCAUAUACCCCACCUUCAAAGCUCCCAGUGUUGAGCCCGUGCGCUACGCUGUACGCCAGGUCCUCGAUCAGGAGUGGCGGAAGCUGCAGGCGCUGAAAGAUAAACUUGCGGCGGAAGCGCGGCGUGGUGAAGUGCUCGGUGAGGUUCUGCCACAACCUCCACCACAACAGCAGCAGAUCGGCUUGAAGCCCGCGGCUAAAGUAAAACGCGACUUCUUUGGUCGUGUGAUCUCGGAGUUGCCGGUCGGGUUGGAGGUCGCCGGGGAUAAUCCGAGGAAGAAGCGGAGGGUGGUGCUCACCGAGGGAAAGAGUGAUACUUGGGUUACGUAUAAUGAGGGGUUUAGUAAUGCGGUUAGAAAGGGGAUUAGGAUUGAUGAGCUGAUGGAAGGGUUGAUUUGAGCUGACGACGAGCGGGGGAGUGGAGUUGGGUGCGGGUUUGCUUUUGGAUACACUCAGAGGGGAAUGCAUUGUUUUACUCGGGUGUGGUUGAUUUCUCGCUGGAGGAUAGUAAUCCUCAUCAACGGGUCCUUGACGGAGUAUUAUGGAAGAUGCAUCGGACGAUAAACCAUCGGGAAAGCCCGACGUUUGACACAGAACCAGUCGUGCGCAACCAUGUGGGUAAAAUGCAUGGGCGGCACAGUCACGGGGCAUCAGCUGGAGAACAACGGGGAUACAGUGAGCUGGGCCUCCACAGGCAUCCUCCAGUAGGUCCGCACGCUAGAUAUAGAGUCAACAUAAAAUCAACGCUCAUUACUCCAG